AUGGACACGGAGAGCUCGACUUCGACCAAACGAACUCUACCACGAAAUCAAGCAUGUUACCCUUGCCGGCACCGUAAAAUGAGAUGCGAUGGACAACGGCCCGUUUGCGGCCAAUGUCGACGCUCGGCACGGGAAGAGGACUGUGAGUACACGGACAACUACUCGCGUGCGAGGGCAGAGGUCCUUGAGGAAGACAUCAGUCGGAUUCAGUUCCGUAUUCAUCAGCUCGAGCAUCCACAGGAAGCUAAAACGGACGUCAUGUUGCUCGAUCCGUAUAAGCAGGUCACCCACUUUCGAAUGCCCGGCCUGCAUCAAGUUUUAGACGCCUCUACUUCGUCAGCCAUGUUGCUCCAUCCGCCAAGCCGCGUUCCAACACCCGACGCAUGGUGGACCGCUGAAGAACUGCCGCCCCAUUUGGCCAAGAAUCUACUCGACACAUUUAUGACUUCAGCUGCGUCGUUUGGCUUCUUUCUGGACCCUGAACAAGUCUACAACGCCUCCAUGCUGUCCGUGCCGAUAAAUCAUCAUUCUCGUCCUACGCCUGCCCUUACUUCGGCAAUAUACCUUGCGGCUAUCUCCAUUUCACCAUCUCCAUCCCUCAAAAUGCACGAAGCCGUUUUCCGUACUCGUGCUCUGUCUUCGGUAAGCAAUGCACUCGCCGGGCUUCACCCCAAACGCGUACUGCACGCUCUCCAGGCCGAAGUAAUACUGGCCUGGUACUUUUACGGAGUGGGCAAGCUCCUCGAAGGCCUAUAUCACACCGCGACUGCUGUAUCUCUCGGUGUCACGAGUGACAUCUACUCUAUGAGGAACGGGCAUGUACGGCCUGGUGCGAUGCUGCUCGCUGACUCAGACGCCGAUGGCGAAGAACACGUCAACGCCUGUUGGGAAAUCGUCGUUCUGGAUCGUGCCUGGUCGGUUGUUAUGAACACACUCCCAAAUUGGACGAAUCCCAUCGAGACCCCAUGGCCUGGUACCAAGGUCUCUGAGAUGACCGACAUUGUACAAACCUUCCUCGCUGUAGGCGACCACCAGCCGCCCAAGUCCUCAAAGGAACUACUUGCCAAAGCCGCUGUGCUCUGGGAGGCUGCGAACCAUUUAGUGACUCGAUCGGAGUGGAAACCUGGCUCUCCGCAUAAUGCAGAAGCUGCGCAAGCCUUCUACGACCAGUUCUCUGCUAUCGACAAGCGUAUCGAGGAAGUUUGCAGCCCAGAAAGUCCCUCCGGUCAAUCUGAGCCUUCGCCCACGGAUCAACAAAUUGACCUUGUCGGGCGGAGUAUGGCGCAUGCAGCUGAAAUACAACUCCAUCGUCCCUUUGCCCAAGACAGCUCAUUGACGCAAGCACACUCGCAACAACGUUUCCUCGACGCCGCGCGCGCGAUCCUGCAUUUGGCCCGGACACACCCCGCAAUUGUGGGUUCACCGCAAACAUUCAUCAGUCCCAUUCUCGCGCCGAUAUGGGCCAUCGCUUGUCGCGUCAUUCUUCACGAACUUCAGCAAAAUCCUACCGACCACGAACUGCGCUGGGAAUUCGACAGUAGCUUCGCUGCGAUGCGAGUUUACAUGAGCAACUCGCUCUUCAUGCAAUACCAUCUCCAGAAGAUCCAGGACGAGUACGAUGUGGCCAGUUCGGCGUGA